CUCAGCUGUUCUCAGUUGCACCGGGUGCCUUGUGGUGUUGUGACAGAGCUGAGCUGCACUGGGUGAGACUAAACUAGCUCAAAUGAGUGCUAAGUAGAGAGAGGGGGAGAGAGAGAGACAAAAAGACGUACACCCAUCGAGGACUUACCAGGCAGAUGGGAUGAACAGCUGAAACAGUUUGGACCAGUUUUACUUUCGUGGCUAAAGGAUCCUACUUCUCUUUAGCUGGACUCUAAUUUUGGCUCUGACCUGUGGAACAGGAAAAGUUUUUUUUUUUUUUGCUUUUUUUGCUUUGGCAGGAUGCAAGACCUGUUAUAAGGCAACCUGGACUGACUCACCAGCAUUUUUUCAUAAUUACUGGAUAACAGGACUGUUUCUUGCUCCACCACCGUUUCCUGCCAAACCAGAUCUAAGAUUAUCUGGCCAGUGGUUGUUUAUUUAAAGGGUUUAUCUGGAGUUCUUUGCCCCAGGACCAUGGGGAUUCUCUGGGGUACCAUUAUACUUCUGUGUGGGGUUGCUGUGCUGCGAACGAAGGGCAGCGGACCCUCACAAAGCAAGAAUAACGUGCCCCGUCUAAAACUCUCCUAUAAAGAGAUGUUAGAGACCAACAAUCUUGUGACAUUUGAAGGCCUGGCUAACAGUUCGUCUUACCACACUCUCUUGUUGGAUGAGGAGAAAGGAAGGCUCCUGGUGGGGGCCAAGGAUCACAUCUUCUCUUUCAACCUUCUCAAUAUAAGCAAAGACAAAGCACAGAUCCCCUGGACUGCUUCUCCCACCAGAAGAGAUGAAUGCAAGUGGGCAGGGAAGGAUCUCUCAAGAGAGUGUGCUCAUUUCAUCAAAGUACUGCAGCCAUUCAACCAGAGCCAUUUCUAUGUCUGUGGGACAGGAGCCUUCCACCCUGUAUGUUCCUAUCUGGAGGUGGGCAAGAAACCAGAGGACGGUGUUUUCAGACUGGCGCCCCAUGUAGAAAACGGUAGAGGGAAGAGUCCCUAUGAUCCCAAACUGCUCACCGCUUCAAUCCUAAUUGAUGGGGAGCUGUAUGCUGGAACAUCAGCCGACUUCAUGGGGCGGGACUUUGCCAUCUUUCGUACUCUUGGCAAGCAUCACCCAAUCAGAACAGAGCAACAUGACUCCAGGUGGCUGAAUGAGCCCAGAUUUGUGGGUGUUCAUCUGAUCCCAGAGAAUGAUAAUCCAGAGGAUGACAAAAUCUACCUGUUCUUCAGAGAGAACGCUAUGGAUGGAGAACAUGCUGGGAAAGCCACAUACGCUCGCAUUGGACAGCUCUGCAAAAAUGACCUGGGAGGCCACAGGAGCCUGGUCAAUAAGUGGACUACUUUCUUGAAAGCUCGGCUGAUUUGCUCGGUGCCGGGCAGUAAUGGCAUAGACACACAUUUUGAUGAACUUCAGGAUGUCUUUCUCAUAAGCACUAAGGAUCCUAAGAGCCCAGCAAUCUAUGGCGUAUUUACCACCUCCAGCAACGUCUUCAAAGGUUCAGCAGUGUGCAUGUACAGCAUGGCAGACAUAAGAAGAGCAUUCUUGGGUCCAUAUGCUCAUAGAGAUGGACCCAGCUAUCAGUGGGUCCCCUUCCAGGGACGUGUACCCUACCCUCGGCCUGGGACAUGCCCUAGCAAGACAUUUGGUGGGUUUGACACAACCAAAGACCUUCCUGAUGAAGUGGUCACUUUUGCCAGAAGCCACCCAGCCAUGUUCAAUCCCGUCUAUCCAAUUAAUAAUAAACCGAUAAUAGUCAAAACAGAUGUGGACUACCAGUUUACUCAAAUGGUAGUGGAUAAAGUGGAAGCUGAGGAUGGCCUGUAUGAUGUUAUGUUCAUAGGCACAGACAUGGGAACAGUUCUGAAAGUUGUAGCCAUCCCCAGAAGUUCCUGGCAUGACUUAGAGGAAGUGCUAUUGGAGGAAAUGACUGUAUUCAGAGAACCAGUUGCAAUCACAGCUAUGGUACUUUCAACAAAACAGCAACAACUUUAUCUUGGUUCAGACAUUGGUGUGUCUCAGAUGCCUCUACACCGCUGUGAGGUUUAUGGAAAGGCCUGUGCUGAGUGCUGCUUGGCAAGGGAUCCUUACUGUGCAUGGGAUGGCACAGAAUGCUCCAGAUACUUCCCAAUGGCAAAGAGGAGAACAAGAAGGCAGGAUAUAAGGAACGGAGACCCGCUCACUCAGUGCUCAGAUCUGCAGCAACAAGAUGAACUGACUGGGCAGGCAGCCAUUCUCGAUAAAACAGUCUAUGGUGUGGAAAACAGCAGCACUUUCCUUGAAUGUGCUCCCAAGUCCCAAAGAGCCAUGACUUACUGGCAAUAUCAGACCUCCUCUGACGACCGCAAGCAAGAGAUCAAAUCAGAGGAGCGCUUCAUUCGGACUGACCAAGGGCUUCUUAUCCGGACUCUCGACAAGAAGGAUUCAGGCAUCUAUCUUUGUCACGCCGUGGAACACGGCUUUAUGCAGACAGUUUUAAAGGUUCACCUAGAAGUGAUUGACGCAGAACGACUGGAGGAUCUUCUACAUCGUGGUGAAGACCUGGCUACCAGUGUCCCAGCUCAAGAGUUUUCCUUGUCUAGAGAAACUCCAAGUCAAAAGCUUUGGUACAGAGACUUUCUGUCUUUAGUAAAUCACCCAACUCUGAAUAGUGUGGAUGAAUUCUGUGAUCAGAUUUGGAAAAGAGAGAGAAAGCACAAGCGGCAGAAAACUCACCAUGUCCAAAAAGUUCAAACGCAUCCACAGCAGAAUGGUGCACCAAGCCCUCAGAGCAACGUGCAUGCACAAGGCUUGGCAUCCAAGUGGAAGCAUCUGCAAGAGCGUCAGAAGGGUCGCAAUCGCAGGACCCACGAACUGGAGAGGGCCCCUCGCAGUGUCUGACCUGUAGGGCUUGAGUUUGACCAAGAAGCUUCAGACCACUCCCAGAUCACAUUUUGUAUAUCUGAAACUGUUCCUCUUUGAAACACAUAUAUGCCACAAAGAGUGAACAGAAAUAUAAAUAAAUGCUGCUCUGAUCUGCUAACUGGUGAGAUCUAAGCGUGGACAGCUUUGUUUACAGUCCACAGGAAAAAAGGAUGCUGUUGUAUCGUUGGAGCCAUUGGAGCAUAUCAUUUCUGCUGGCCUCUGUGACAUGAACAAUGCAGAGGGGCAGGGCCACACUGCACAAAACAAUGGACAAAUGUAUCCAUGCUGUAGCCGAACUGGCAAUGGGACUUGGUCAUUGUAUUGUAGUUAGGUGGUGCUUCUUAGGUUGCAUAUUUCUGAAAUAGCUGAUAAACUUUUGUUACUUCGCACAACAAUACAACUGGGUGACAUUGGGCUAGAACCAGCUCUUAUUAUGAAUGUAUGCAUGUAUAUACAUGUAUGUGUGCAUAUAUAUAUAUAUAUAUAUAUAUAUAUAUAUAUAUAUAUAUAUAUAUAUAUAUAUAAUUUAAAUGGACUUGCAGUUGACUUACAUUCAGAAUAUAGAUGGCAUACCAGAAAGAUAUUAACGCUUAAAGUGCAUUGCGAAGGUAUAUAUACUCAUUGAACUUAAAGUCACAAAUGUCAGUAUAUUUUUCUUUAAUCAGUACAUAGAACUGCAUAAUCUGAAGUGUAGGGAAAAGGAUACAUGCUUUUUUUUUUUUUUACAUUAUUUCCAAAUGAAAAUCUGAAAAGUGAGACAUGCAUUUGUAUUCAGCCCCCCUGCUGUAUUGCUACUUUUCAGUGCAAUUACAACUGCAAGUCUUCUUGCGUAUUUUGUAACAGAUUGUCAGUUAUAUUUAAACCCAGAUUUUAGUAAGGCAUUCUAACACAUUGAUAUGUUUUGAUCUGAACAGUUCCGUGGUAGCUCUGACUAUAUGCUUGGGACUAUUGUCCUGCUGAAUUAAGAACCUCUGGCUCAAUCCCAAGUUUUUCGGAAGCUCUAACAGGUUUUCUUCCAGGAAAAUCCACAAUGUGCUGCUGCCACAUUUCAGUCUGGGGAUUAUAUGUUCAGAGUGAUUAGUGGUGUUAGGUUUCUGCAAACCUACCAAGACAUCAUUUAUUUUGGCUAAAUCUUAACAGAGCACAUACCUGCAGCGUCCUACAUGACUUUUUGCAAAUCACAAGUCUGAGUUUCUUUCAAAAGAUUUUUUACCACUUAUCCAUAAAUGCUAGAUUUGUAGGUUGUGUGGCUAAGGGUAUUUUCACACCAGCCCUCUUUAGGUCGCUGUAAUCAGGUUUGUUUGCUCAGAAAGUUUAGUUCGGUUGUGGAGGUAUGAAUGCACAAUCGAGCUCUGAUGCAGACCAAAAAAGGGAACUAAGUUCCUCUCAAAACCCAGGUCUCAGCUUGGUUGAAAUGAACUCUAGAGCGGUUCGAUUGCAAAUGGGAAUGCCAAGCGGACCAGAGGCCGCUUCAAAGGCAGGAAGCGGACUACAGCGCACGGCGGUAUGGGUAAAUACAAUUGCAAUUGAGCAAAAAUACUAAUAAAGUUACUCAUAUAUUGUAAAUACCUUACUCGACGUCUUUGUAACAGUGACAACAGUUCAAUGAAGCUGUAGGCGACCCUGUACGUGCGCCGCCACCUCAUUAGGAGCCGUCUCUCCUGCCUUGUGUAAAAUAUAACAAUCUCCUCUGCCUCAUCCUCCGCUCAUUCUGAGCCCACUGUUGAAUUGUUCUUGUCUGGCACACUUGACAAAGACAGCAUGGCAAUAACGUGGCUAAAAUCUGUUGCCCUUCCAUUUUGUUUACAUUUUCGCGGAAAAGGAAGUUGCGCUGUGUUGCUGAUUAACCUCUUUCCUUCUUUGUUUCUUGGUACAGUGUCACCACAGGCAAGGGGAUGAACAGGUUGGUCAAAAGGUUUGGUUGGAUUGACAAAAGUGCAGCAUGAAAGCAAACUGCACCAGUUGAAAAUUUGUAAUUUGGUCCCCAAUCGGGCCGAGUCUACCAGAUUAUGCGGUGUGAAAACAAUCUAAAGCAUGUCCUGUUGACAUAUACUCCCCCAUAUCUCUGCAGCCCCUCCAGACUUAUUAUUGGCCUCUUUGCUGCUUUAUGAAUUAAACACUCUCCUUGCCUGAAUUCUUAGUUUUGGAGGAUGGCCACUACCUUUGCAGUUGUGGUGUACUCUCUAAAUUGAUAGUUGGAUGUUGCAUAAGCUAACCCUGCUUUAAAACUGUACAGCUUUUGCUUUUCCUGACUUGUCGGCUGAGUUCCCUGGUCUAUAUGAUGCUGUUUGUUCACAAACGUUCUCUAACAAACCUUUGGGGCCUUUAGAGAACAGUUGAAUUAAUGUGUGCUUAGAUUCAAUUAAAUCAUUACAUUAUUAAAUCAAAUGCAGGAAAACUUUUCAGAUUUUUAAUAGAAUAAAAUUUCUUUCAAGUUUACAGUUCUGCACUACUUACAUAAAAUCCUGAUUUGAUACGUUGAAGUUAAUGGUUGUAACAUUGUAUGUCAAUGUAGAAAGGUUCAGUGAGUAUAAAUACUUUCCAAGGGACUUUAGUAAGCAAUUUGGUGAACUAUUAAUUUUGUAUUAGUGUGAAAAUGCCUUGCAAAUGCAACAAACUGAAAAGUACCGUUGUUUGUUCUCCACCACUCAUGUAAUUAGGAUGUGUAAAUACUCUGUUCAAUAAUAAUGUUGUCUCAAGAAAGGGAAUGGCUUGCAAUUAUCUAGUUUGUGUUACUUGCCCAAAGUAGAAAUUUACUUACAAAAAAAAAUAGCAGAACAUUUGGAAAUGAGAAAUUCUGUACUUGUAUGUGUGUGUUUGUGGUCCGUGCUCUAGAUAAGCUUCCUAGACAAAGAGAUUUUAUAUUUUUUUCAUCCGAAUCUUUCCAGUUUUAGCAUUUUGAAAGCCAUGUUGUCUCAGUGUCCAAAAUGCCGAGCAGAGUUCUUCCAUGUUUAUUUAAUUAUUCUGUCUGUGAGCUUUCUUUUUACAUCAUUGAAUAUUUAUUGAUAAACAUUGCUAUACAUUGUGAUGUAUUAUAGCCAGACAUUGUGUCUUACUGUUUCUAAUUUACUGGACCAAUUAGGUGGAAAAAAAGACUGUAAUCACAAGCAGAAGAUUUUAAGAAAUCGAUCAUUUAUCACAUGCAUCACAUAUCAAAUGCACUAGGCAAUAAGCCAGUAUACUGUAAUGUUAUUUUAACACAUCGAUAUUUUAUUCAGACAGUGCAGUGUAACACAGCCAUUCCACUGCAUGUAACAUGAGAGUAAAAUUGACUAAAACCAUCAAUGCACAAACACAAACCUUGAAUGUAACUGUGAACUCCAUGUAAAAUAAAUACUAUGGUCUAUGUUUGACAACUAUGACACUAUGUACUAGUGCAUGUGAAUGCUGGUGUAGUGCUCUUGUUCUGCUAUAGAAAAAGAUAAACUCGACUAAUGUUGUCACCUUUAAGCUGUUUAUUGCUUACGCUGUAGUACACAAUAGAAGCAAUUUGAAAAAUGGACUUCCUCCUUCUGUUAAUAUUCCCAACAGUGUACAUGUUAUAAACAGGAACUCAACAAGAUUUCCCUAUGGAUCCCAGUCUCCACAUAGCAGUCUAUCUAACAAUGGACAAUGAUCAUUUUAGCUUUGCAAAAACAUUGGCCUGUCAGAUGACUGCAACUGUUUGCAAGCUUUGUACGCUAUCGGAAGCUAUGCUAGAGGAAGAUGAGAAGCAGCUGGAGGCGCCCUUGAGAGAUUUCAAGUCUAAUGAGACAGGCUGAACAACAGCUUUGCGGAUGUACGUAUGAUAAGAUUAUCAUUAUGAGGAGGAAAUAUAUGGGGCCUGUCAGAUGAACAGUGGGAGUGAGAAAAUUAAGUGCUGCUGUUGCUCAGUUUUGGCAUGAUGAAUUCUACUGAUGUAAUAAAUGUCUCUUCACGAAGUGCUGAAUUCAUUAAACUGGGUUUUGAUAGCUGCAGUACUUCUAAAUCAUUGUCCUUUCUUUGUCAAUGAAAGCACUGUGAUACAACACAGAAAAUGGGAUAUUCAUUGAAAUAAUUUAUAAUAUGUAUCUUGCAAAAGAAUGCAUAGUUCUCUAACUCCUUCCAUAUUUUUUUUUUUGUCAGUGGAUUAUAUGUGAUAGCCCAAAACAAAGUACUGUAUAAUUGAGAGGUGAAAUUUUACAAAUAAAAAUCUUCAAAGACUGA